AGAGAUCGGAAGAAAUUAAUUCAGUUCACUUUGAAACAGUUUAAUCGAAACAAACUUGUUAAAUAUAAAAUAUAAAAUCAAAAUGGUUAAGUUAUACUUUCUUGCAUUGGCUGCGGCGGUUUUAGUUCUUGCUCCGUCAGAUGUCUCUGCUAUCAGUAAUUUCCACUACAAAUGUAAUGGAGGAAAUAUUCUAGUAAGUUUCACUCCUUCGCGCGACCAUUCUGGAACAGUGACCGUCGUGGGCGCUCGCAAUUCAGCUUGUACAGUAUCGUUCAAAGUGAAUGAACCUUUUCAACAUACCUUCGACGCGAAACAAUGUGGAGGUUCAGCCAUGAAGCUAAAAGUUAUGGAAUCUCAACUAGUAGUUCACGGUGGUUCAACUUCUUCAUCAUCUUCAUCUUCAACCCAAUCUGUUAACUGCUAAUUUCUUCUGACUAAUAUUCAUUGUAAUUAUUUUAUCAAAUUAAAUUCAUUAAUUUGUUUAUUUAAUCCAGAAGUUGUAUUGUAAAAUAGUUAUCUAGUAAUUGAUGGUUAAAUAUUAAUGUAUACUUAUUAAUUUUCUUUCGAAAUAUAUGAUUAUUUAAUAUUA